AUGGUUUCAAAUUCAGACUUGGAUCGAGAAGAAAUAAGGGAGAAAGAUGCUCUAUCAAAACUAAAUAGCAAAAAAUAUGCUGACUCACGCCGAGGUGCUAAAGAGUCGGAUAUAUCAGUGGGAGACAAAGUGCUGAUUACCCAACAGAAACGAUUGAAAUCUGAUCCAACUUUUUCGGCUGAGAGAUACACCAUAAUGGCAAGGGAUGGAGCAAAAAUUGUAGUCAGAAGUGGUCGUGGUGUCCAGUACUCCAGGAAUGUUCAGGACGUAAAGCUUGCCUCAACAAUCUGUGACGAUUUCAAGCAGCUAGAUGAAUCUGCAGUGAACGAGCAUCUGCUUCACGAGUCACAAGAUUCCGAUGUUAAGCCAGAAAUCACGACGCGGGAUGUACCAGACAACAGCGCACAACCAGCGAUUCGACCGAAGCGGUCAGUUGGUAAGCCCAGUAAAUUUAAGGAUAUGGUGCUGUACAGAAUCUUUGAAUAA